AUUUUGACAGACGUGACUCUGCCUCAACUUGCCCUCAACCACACCAGUUUGACCCACGUCGGCGAAGAGGAAGCUAUACGCCCCUCUGCCAGUGCCAGCGUCCUUGUCCCCCAUACCUCACGUUACCCAGACUGCAGCACCAUGUUUGCAUUGUCGACCCCCGAUUACAAAGUCGCCGUCACCGGUAACGAAUCGCUCAACAUCGACAUAAACAUGCACAAGGCACUCCCGACCAAGCUUCGACUAGUUUUAGGAGCCCGAGUGCUCUAUCUCGAUAUCCCAGAUCCUUUGACGGUGGGAUUCAAGUUCAACGUGCACCCCCAGGCUGGUUCAGCCCGUCCCACUUCCGCGGCAGCUCAGCCUCACUCGGCGAACGAAAUCAUGAUGGGGCAGCAGCUGGUUUCAGCAACGCGACGCUCCUCUGUCUCUUCCGGGACGGUAGUACCUGAAGCUGCAGCAACGCGUGAGCGCGAACAACUCCAGCCUGAGGUUGAUUCGACGACCGGCCUCUCACAGAGCCUGGGCGAACUCAACAUGCAGGCGGCAAGCGAGGGGGAGAUCGUAAGCUUGCAUUAA